AUGCUUCUUGCCUCGUUGUUGCACGGCACACUUCUACUGAGCGCGGUCGCAGCGCAGUGCCCACGCUCGUGUCGGAACGCCCAGUGCGGCCCGCCGACGUGCGGUAGCCACUGCUGCGAGUACUGGCGCCACAAGGGCCCUAGCGAUGACGAGACGCCAUUUCUCCGUCGCCACACCCGGCUGCUGCGCAAGUACAACAUCACAGAGGUCUCGCUUCAGAACAGCGACGACGAGGUGCGCGCUUGGGCAGAGGCUCGAAUGCAGCGCUUCCUGCCGAUGCGACCCAUCAGCGCACCGGCUUCAUGUCGAAAGUCGGGUCCCAGGGCCAACGACUGGCUGAUUUGUGAGCUGACCCCGCCAUGUGUGGUCUUCUCCAUCGGCAUCGGAGGCGAGUGGACCUUCGACGUUGCCGCGGCGAAGGCGGGCUGCGAGGUCCACUCGUUCGACCCUACUCUAGAGUUGCUCGGCCGACACAGACGAGAGGCGGCGCGGCUGCAGGCCGAAGAAGGCCUGCACAACCUGCACUUUCACGAGCUUGGCAUGGGGACCUCGACCGAGUACAGCGGAGUCUACUCGUCUGCCGGGGUGCCUGGCCUGAAAGCCGUGGCUCCUCUGGCCGAGCUCCUUCGCCGGUAUGCGGGCGGCAGGCAGGUGGAUAUUCUCAAAAUCGACUGCGAAGGCUGCGAGUGGCGCGAGUUUGCCGCUCCGGAGACGGCUGCAGCCCUCUGCACGGUGCGCCAGCUGUACAUCGAGCUCCACUUCAGCACGACGAUGGGCCUCGCCGACGCCAAGCAGGCGCUGCAGCUGGUCUCAUCCUUCCACGACGUGGUGCACGCACGGCAUCGCUUCGCCCCGUUCCGGGUGAAGAUGGUCCCGGGCGACGACAGCGACCAGGACAAAGUGCUCGAGCUGCUGCGCCAGCAAGCCAUCGACCCGGUCGCGUGCUGCUACAUCUUUCAGAUGCAACGAGGAGCAGGGCGAUGCUAG